AUGAUCCUGUCACCCCGAGUGAAAGCUGGAGCUCAAUUCCCUCCGCAAGUAAUUGACGUAAAUGGGCAAAUCAUCAACGUCAAGGAAGAGGCUUCUACGAGGAUCUUAAUCGUUAUCACUUUAAAAGCGGUUUGGUGUCCAGUAUGCCCUGUAUUGUUGUCUCUAUUAAGCUUCAUGGGUGCUCAAACACAGGCAUCAACAACAAAUUGGAUCGACCCAUUUGGUCUUGGUGAAAGGACUAUUGAUGAAGAGGAACGGAAAUUCCAUUCACUCGUUUUGCAACAGGAUGCAAAAUUUAUGGUCAUAUGCCCAGGACCACGAAGUGAAAUCUUACAAAUCAGAGACACUGUCGACUUUAGAGACAAUUGCUUCUUUGUCGAGGAUGUUGGUCUGAGCAUAUCAAAUACACUUGGAAUUGUAAUGAACCCACCUGUAGGAAUAUGGCCGGGUAUCUUGCAUGUGAAACAGAAUUGUGAUAUACAAACAAUUGAAUUGGGGCGAGGGCCGGGUCAUUAUGGGGAAGUCGCAUUGAUUUCAUAUCUUGCGAAACUACGACUUCUGACGGAAGGACUCGCACUGAAUAACGCCAAGACACUGCAAUACAUAACAACAACUGCGCUCCCUUCCAUCCCGCAGAUUUAUGACUAUCCAGCCCGAGAUGGUCUCCCGCUUGAAAUAAUGGAGCUUAUAAUGGAGCAGCUCUGCCACAAGGAUCGCAAAACGGCGUCUAUGGUCUGUAGGUCGUAUAGGACGGUGGUCAGUUCCGUGUAUGAGCAAGAGUGCAAAGUGCUAUUGAAAAAGUUUGCAGAGGGAUUGCCAGUUUACGAGAAGCAGUUUGUACGUAAUGGCUUUCGUACUGAUUCGGGAAAUGUUUUGGUAAAACAAAUGACGGUCACGGAUAUCUAUAAGCUUGAUGAACAAGUCGAACCUGUGAAGACGGGAGCUGAAGCAUUCCUCGCUGUCUUCUGUCGCCUAGAAAGCUUGUAA